AUGAGUUGUGUAUACGCAUUUGGGUCCAACGGACGAGGACAACUUGGAUUGGCGCACGAUGAGGACAUGGACACGCCGCAGAGGUCUGCGAUGGGCAAUGGUGGAAUAGUGGAGAAGAUAGCGUGUGGUGGAAACCACAGUUUAGUGCUGAUGCACGAUGGAAAAGUGAUGGGAUGUGGAGAUAACAGACGGGGCGAACUGAACGGUGAGCAAGCAUUGCAGCAGGUGCGUGGCUGGACGCCAGUAGAAGUAGCAGCACCUGUGGUAGAUAUAGCGUGCGGCUGGGACACGUCAGUUAUUGUUGAUGCUGCUGGUCACAUCUGGCAGCGAGGGAGCGGUAGUUACGGGUUCAAGCAGCUACACAUACCGCUGCAUCCCAGCGAUGGGCGCAUUGCAGUUUACGGAUGCUUUCAGAAUUUCGCAGUGGCACAAGGCACCAAGGUAUACGGGUGGGGCAGCAACACCAAAUGCCAAUUGCAGAAGCAAAAAUGUCGAUCAAUAGCCGAGCCUACGUUAGUGUGUGAUACAGGGUCUGUAUCCGUGGAUUACGUCGCCAUGGGCAAGGACUUCAUAGUAAUAGUGGACAAAGACGGCCGCAUAGUACACGCAUCCGGUCGCCUGCCCAUGGGGUUCCAGCUCGAACAACAACAGGCGAGACGCGACCUUGUGGUCAAGUGCAUGUGGACUUCGAUCCACAUCUGGGAUAGGCGCCUCAAUACCGUGGAGUCGUUUGGUAGAGGCACACACUCACAACUGUUCCCGCAAGAGGGCCUAGGCCUUCCCAUCGUCGAUAUCACGACUGGAAGCGAGCAUGGUGUCCUUGUAACAACCAAUCAAGAAGGCAAGUCCCGGCAUUAUCAAGUAUAUUGCUGGGGCUGGGGGGAGCAUGGAAACUGUGGUCCGCAGAAAGGUUCGCGGCCUGGCCUGCAGUUCGCAGGCCAGUACUCUAGCAAGCCUCUCGUGUUUGGCGGCUGUGCUACCACGUGGAUCGUGCUCUAG